UCUUCCCCUGCGAAUCUAUCCUACACGCGCGGAUAAAACGCCCGCACGCGCAUCGCCACCACGAGACCAUCAGCCGCGGUCGCCAACUUUUGCCUUUCGCCCCCAUCAUCACCACCCCCGCCGCCCCUCCCUCCGCCGCCGCUAGCCUUUUCGCUUCCAAGCUUCCAUUCCGUCCAUCAUCAAAUGGGCCAUCUUCUCCUGCUCCUACUGGCCCUCCUCCUCGCUUCCACCCGCGCCGCCUUCCACGCCAGCGCCGCCGCCUUCGCCGAGGACAAGGGCAUUGCGGGGAUCAGGGGCGUGAUAGGGUCGAGGCCGCCGAGCUGCGCGGGGAGGUGCCGGUCCUGCGGGCACUGCGAGGCGGUGCAGGUGCCCAUUUCUCCACAUGAGCUGCAGAAGAGGAAGAAGAAGGAGAAAGAGCUUGGGCGCCAUGGCGGCCGUGCUGCUGCAUCCGGUGGUGGGAGAGCAAUGCCGUCCUCCUACGACGACCACUCCAACUACAAGCCGUUGAGCUGGAGGUGCAAGUGCGGGCGCUUGAUACUGAGCCCAUGAACUGCAUGAUAUUAUAGUAGAACUAGUAGUAUAGCUAGCGAUCUUUUGGGGGUUUCUUGGUGGAUCUUGUUUGGCUUUCUUGUGCAACUGGUGGUCGGUCGAUCCUUUUGUCUGGUUGGUUCAUGUUGACCGUGGAUGAUGAAAUCUUGAGGAACUCGGCGUCCUUGGUGUCCCGUUCUUGUUCCAAGAUGUACGUAGAGGACUAAUCAACCCCUACUACCAGCUAGUACGUAAUUAGUAGUUCUUUUUAGUGUUU